UGACAAGGAACGCCAAUCUCCUGACUGUGUGACUGCGCCCGUGUGCGGUGCCCUUGGUGUGGACGCUGCGUUUUAUAGGCGAUUGAUGACCAUGGAGGAGGGAGACGGGCUGCGGCAGAGGAGGCCCAUCCGGCCGCAGGUCAUCACAGACGAGACCAUAGUGCAGGAGACGCAGGGCACCAGUACCUACAGUGGAAAGGUAUUCCGUGCCACCUUGACGUGCCUGGCGCUCCUACUCCUGAUACCGUCUCUGGCAGGGCUGUGUCUUCUUGAGAGCCCUAUUGAGCCGCAGUAUCUGAGCUUCCAAACACCACCUCUGAUGACAGGAGUUCUGGAGCCAAAUGUAAAACUGAGAAAGGCUGAGCGACUGUAUGAAGGUCAACUACAGGGCCCUGAGUCACUGGCCAACAUCGGAGAUGUCUUGUUUACUGGCACUGCUGACGGACAGAUUCUGAAGAUUGAAGAUGGAAUAAUCCACACCAUAGCAAGACUUGGAAAACCUCCUUGUGGAACCAGAGACAACGAACCAAACUGUGGAAGACCCCUUGGACUCCGUGUUGGCCCCAAUGGGACCCUUUUUGUUGCAGAUGCUUACCAAGGAAUAUUCCAAGUGAAUCCUGUGACAGGUGCGGUGGAACAGCUUGUAUCCUCCCAGAUUCCUGUUCAGGGGAAGAAAAUGUCCUUUGUCAAUGAUCUUGCAGUGACCAGUGAUGGAAGGAAGAUCUACUUUACCGAUUCCAGCAGUAAAUGGCAGAGACGAGAUUUCCCUUAUCUAGUCAUGGAGGGCAUAGAUGAUGGACGCCUGCUGGAGUAUGACACAUUGACUAAGGAGGUGAAGGUUUUGAUGGGAGGAUUGCGGUUUGCCAAUGGCGUGCAGCUCUCUCCUGCUGAGGAUUUUGUGCUUGUUGCAGAAACCACAAUGGCACGUGUGAGGAGAUAUUAUGUGUCCGGACUCACCAAAGGCGGGGUGGACACGUUUGUGGACAACUUGCCCGGAUUUCCUGAUAAUAUCCGUCUUAGUAGUUCUGGAGGAUACUGGUUGGCCAUGUCGGCUGUAAGACUUAACCCUGGAUUUUCCAUGAUGGAUUUCUUAGCGGACAAACCAUGGAUUAAAAAAAUAAUCUUUAAGUUCUUCAGCCAUGACACCGUGAUGAAGUUUGUCCCUAGGUACAGCCUUGUCUUGGAGCUAGGAGAGAAGGGAUCUUACAAGAGAAGUUUCCAUGAUCCUAAUGGAGAGGUGGCCCCCUACAUAAGUGAAGCUCACGAGCAUGAUGGAUACUUGUACUUGGGUUCUUUCCGGUCACCGUUUAUCUGUAAAUUGAACCUUAAGGAUGUUUGAAGUUUCCCUUAUGUGGAACUUGAUGAUGCAUAAUGGAAAGGUCUUAAAGGACCCUGGACAUAGCUGUCACCAUGUCAGCUGCUCUGGAUUGUACUUUGCUCUGGAUCAUAGAGGCACGCUCUAAUUUUGUGAUAUGUUUGGAUAAUAGCAAAGUAAUGUAUUGAAUCUUUGGUUUCCAGGAAAAUCUGAUGUUUUUUUGUUUUAUCAUCAAUUUUGUAUAAUUUGUAAAGAAUGUAUACAGUAAGGCUGUAUCCGUGAACAGGUAUACAUACCAAUAGUAUAGAUAUGCUUGUAGCAGACGUCAGGUAGUUUCCUCUAUUUGUAACAUAAUUGACACAAUGCAUUGUGGGGUGUUUUUGUUUAUUUAUUUAUUUUUUUAAAGAUGUGAUCCAGUGCAUUUACCACAAUUAGGCAGCCUAUGUGCCCAAUACUAAUACAGGUUUCAGGGUUUCAUUAUUGUGAAUGAUAUAUUAAAGGGGUACUCAACCCCUAGACAUCUUAUCCCCUAUGUGACGGAUAGAGAUAAGAUGUCUGAUCAUGGGCUCCCGCCACUGGGACCCUCCGCGAUCUCCCUGCAGCACCCAACAUUUGUUUAGAACACUGGCUGUGGCGCUGGAGGCUCAUGACAUCACGCCCCCUUAGGACAUCAUGUCACACCCCCUCAAUGCAAGUCUAUGAGAGGGGGUGUGGUGGCAUGAGGGGACGUGGUCGUGACAUCACAAACCUCCAGUGCCACAUCGCUAGUCAUCCGGCAGCGAGCAACGUUCGCUCCAUGCACCGGAUGACUGGGGUGCUGCAGCAAAGAUCACAGGGGUCCCAACAGCGGGACCACCGUGAUCAGACAUCUUAUCCUCUAUCCUUUGAUAGGGGAAUAAGAUGUCUAGGGGCGGAGUACCCCUUUAAGCUUAUAUUGCUGCCAGAAUAACCCUACAAUAUUAAUAAUUUUAAAUCCAUUUAUAGCCUGAGCCUAGAAGUGACUUUUUUUAUUCUAUGAUUUUUAUAGUACGUAGAAGUUUGUAAUGACAUAUUUUAGCCUCAAAAGAAUUUGCAGGAACCUAAAAGCAUAAAGUGCAGAUUUUUCUUUUAAAUUAACACAUUCAUAUAUAAUGACUUCCUUUUUAUAUGCAUGGAGGAUUGCAUGAAUCUGUUAUGUUUGUGCAUGCAGCAAACUACUGCGAAAAAAUCCAUUCUGCAUUACAUUGCACUGACUCAUGCAGUGGUCCCAACCCAUUCACUAACAGUGGGUGGUCUAAUAUGUGCGUAUGUUAUAUGGGGAAAUUAGAAAGCUGAGAGCAACCUCACUGCUGCUGAGAUAAGAACUGGGGGGCUAUAUGUUUCCAUUAGGAAAGCAGCGAAUCUGUUCUACGGGUGACUGAAACCUGUGUUUUCAGCACAAGCUUAAAGUCCAUGUGCACUUUUGUAACCAUUUGUUUAUUGCUCCAAUACAUCUAAAGUAAUUACCUGAAUUUCUUUGCAAAGUGUGUUCCUUAAAAGUAUCCUACCAUUAGAUGGCUCCAGCUCUAGGAUAUCUCAUACAGAAAUAAGCAGAUGGAAGACAGGGUAUUGUCACACCAGCAAAAAAAAGCCCCCCCAAAAAUUGUGCCUAAAAAAAAAAACUUUCAAUUUCCAGCUCGCAUUGACUUCAAUAAGGAAUGCUCAAACAGUGCUAAAAAUCAUCACUAAUAAAAACUACCUGUAGAAACUGUGGCAAUUUUCAAGCGGUUUUUGCAACCACAUGAACAUAGACAUGGCUGCAGGAUCAGACUACAUGUUACCAUAGACACACACAUAUCUGCAUGUUAGCUGUAUACAUGUAAUAGUAGGACUAUUGGAAUCGGGACUGUUUUCAGAGUUGAUUCAUUUCAGAUGCUUUGUAGCAAUAAUUUUUAAACUUUCUAACUUGGGAACAAGUACCAGACAUGAUAGCACAAACUAGAUAUUGAGAGACCUAUAGACACUAUUAGAGCCAAAGUGGCAUAGUGUUAUGAGUGUAUAUAUUCAUGAGCUGUCUAUUAUUACUAGCUGGGUUAACUCGGCCAUGCAUGAAUGACCCAAAAGGAAAAUGUCACACAUUUUAGUUGGUUGCCUUAUAGACUAAAUGAAAUUAUAUUUUAUUAAUUAUAAUCUAUAUGAAUCUAACUACAAUGCAUAGUACAACUUAUAAAGUUUCUUGUUAUACAUAAGUGACGAGUGAAGGAUUUUCUCCUAUUUCGGGACAUUGGCGGGGUGCAUGAGCUGUGAUAAGUAAGAGUGCAUGUUUUUAGAACUCCCACACCAAUGUCAGUGCAUGUGUGGUCACCUCUAUUUCCUAAAAAUCAGUAGGGGGUACAAGCUCCCAGAACAUGUCUGACUGUCUUCCAAAUGGGACCCUUCAGUGUUAGGUGUUAUCCGGCCAAAGACCAGCACCCACAUUCUAUGUGGGACUGCGUCUCCAGCCUCGGAAUGCUCUUUGUAUCUGGGACUGGAGACGUGAUGUGGAGCCACGCCCCCUUGUGACGUCAUGUCAUGCCACCUCCUUUCAUGUCUAUAGGAAGGGGCGUGGCAUUAUGUCACGAGGGGGAAUGGCGAGAGCUUUCCGAGACUGGAGACUCAGCACUGUAUAGAAUGCAGGUGCUGCACAAAGAUUGCGAGGGGGUACAAUCGGUGGGCUCCCCUCGAUCAGACAACUUAUCCCCUAUCCUUUGGAUAGGGGAUAAGAUAUCUUUGGCCGAAUAUCCCCUUUAAAUGGGUACUCCGCCCCCAGAUAUCUUAUCCCCUAUGAAUAGGAUAGGGGAUAAGAUGUCUGAUUUCAGGGGUCGUGCAGUACACAGCGUUCGUUUAGAAUGCUGGGUGCGGGCUGCGGUGGUCAUGACACCACGCCACGCUUCCUCAAUGCAAGUUUAUGGGAGGGAGCGUGAUGUCACAAUGGGCGUGGUCAAGAUGUCACGAUCCCCGCUGCCCACUCCAAGUGUUCAGAACAAAAUGUUCCGAAUGCAAGAGGGAGAGCCAUGAAGAAAGAAUGUCCCAUUUUGGCAGACUUUGCUUGGUCUGCCUAGCCUUUUAAAUUUAUAAUGGGGACAUCUCUUUAAAGGGAUUUUCCAACCAAGUCCUAUCAAAUCCCAAAAUUGCGAACCUCAGUCCAGAAUAGGGACAUGACCCCAUGAAAAUCAUAGGAAAGUGUUUCCCAACCAGUGUGCCUCCAGUUGUUACAAAACUACACAUACAGUUGUAGUUUUGCAACAGCUAGAGGCUCACUGGUUGGGAAACGCUGUCUUAGGGACUACGCAAGUACUGGAGGUGUAAGCACAUUGAAUAUCACAGUGAGCAGCCACAAUCUGUAAUAACAAAAGAACUUGAUAUGAAUUGAUUUAAUAAAAAAGGUGUUAGCCCGGAGUAA